AUGUCCGCCUCCUCACGGCCGCGUCAGCCGGCGCCUUACAGCCCCUACCGGUCCUCCACCACUCUCCGCCACCACUCCAGCGCCGUCUCCUGCGUCAAGUUCUCCACUGACGGCUGCCUUUGCUCCGCCUCCCUCGACAAAACCCUAGCCGUCUUCUCCUCCUCUGACCCCACCUCAGGCCCCAUAGCCGUCCUCUCCGGCCACUCCGCCGGCGUCUCCGACCUCGCUUGGUCCUCCGACUCCCGCUACGUCGCCUCCGCCUCCGACGACCGCUCCCUCCGCAUCUGGGACCUCAAAUCCAAAACCUUCGACUGCGUCCGGACCCUCCACGGCCAUCAGAACUUCGUCUUUUGCGUGAAUUUCAACUGUCAGUCCAACUUGAUUGUGUCGGGGUCGUUCGAUGAGACGAUCAAGGUUUGGGAUGUUCUUGGCGGAAAGUGUGUGAAGACGUUUGAAGGGCACGAGGCUCCGGUGACCUCGGUGCAUUUUAAUAGGGAUGGGUCGAUUAUCGUGUCCGGGAGCCAUGAUGGGACCUGUAGGAUUUGGGAUACGGCGACGGGGGCUUGCUUAAAGGUGCAUGUUGAGGAUAAGGUGCCGAAGCCCGCGGUUUCGUUCGUGAAGUUCUCGCCAAAUGGGAAGUUUGUGCUUGUUGCGGCGCUGGAUAGUACGCUGAAGCUAUGGAACUAUUCUCAAGGAAAGAUUGUAAAAACAUAUACAGGACAUGUCAACAAAGUAUAUUGCAUCACAUCUACAUUCUCUGUGACAAGAUAUUUGUGGGAUCUCCAAAACAAAAAUAUGCUACAGAAAUUGGAAGGUCACACUGACACUGUCAUUUCAGUCUCUUGCCACCCUAUUGAGAAUAAAAUUGCCUCUGCUGGUCUUGAUAAUGACAGAACAGUGAGGAUCUGGGUUCAAGAUACUAGAUAAAGCUUCUGAAGAUUAAAAGGAAACUUCGAGGUUCAGCAAUGAAGUAGCGGCAAAAGGAGGUCCUAUCUGCACCCUUAUUUUGAAUCUUGUUUUCUGACUUGAAGAAAGCAAGAGAGUGUGCACAGUGAUGUUUGUCCUCCCCUUGACCG